UGUCGCUCCAUUGGUUAACAAGGCAUGCUGCUGCAGUAAUAUAAAUUUCCACAAGUCGGCGCUUUUGAGCCAUGAGAUACCAAGCAAAGAUGGCGUCCUGACGUUCAUGUUGUGUCUGCGGUGACAACUUUAUUCGUGUCGGUCAUGUUUGUAGUCAGUCUAACCCGUGUUUAGCCAAUUGUUUUCAUAUUCAGGACAUGGACAGAAGUCAGAAGGAAGAGAAAUGGUUGGCGAGGGAGAUUCAGCUCAGUCAAAAACAUGCAGAACUACUUGCCAAGAGAGAACAGUUGCUGCAUCUGUCCCAGAGUGAGCUGAACAGUUCGGAACACCGCGCGAAGGUUCACCAGGCUCACUGGACACAUGUACAGCAGAGGAACAAACAACUCCUACAGGACAUCAAGAGAAGUCAAGUAGAAAUGAAGGACAUAGCACGACAGCCUCCCAAUGUCAAGUUCACUGAACUACAGACGAUGUACUGGACCACAGUUCAGGACCAGCUGCCUCAGUGGAAGAAACAGAUGAAGGACAAGGGACCAACCAGCAACAGUCCAUAUAUGUAGUUUAGUAGACGUAGUUUUGUCCAAACAACAUUUUGAUAAUCAUAUUGAUUCUCUUGUAAAUGAUGUUUGGUAGAGUUUUGGGACAGCAAUUUUCAUUUCUAUUUAUAGAGUUGAAAAUACAUAGUGUUCAUAUGGAGAUAAAGAACCAAAUGUUUUCACAGUAAGUUAAUGCUAUGAUGGUUGCUAGAGUACAUUGAUUUUGUAUGUUUUGGUACACUGUAGAAGUUGGCAAUUUUCCCAUACAUUUACAAUGUGCAUUUCUAUUUUUUCCACAUGGUGUUGACUUUUCAAUUUAGCAUAUGUUACAGGUCAACUUUGGAAAGCAUCACAGUUUUGUAUAUCAUUACAAUAUUCUAUUUUGUGAA